AUGGCUCAAGUCCGACCCAUGAACGCGAUAAAGCCGCGUCGCCACAAGGGGUCACCCGCUGUCUCUACAUCGCCACGUGUCAAAGACCUUCCGGGAGCGCGAGGAAACAAGCUGCACAUCGACUUUCGAUUCCCGUCUCUUCGCCGUGCCUUGUUUACCAAGUUCUCGCUAAAGUCUGUCGUUGGAGCGAUGCGAAACAACCCGGUGGAGCACCAAUUGAACAUGUACUGCUGGCUGGAUUUCGGCCACGCGACCAAGCGACAAGCGCGGUGCAGCCAAUGGACAACCAACGCCGCCAUGGCAGCUCACAUCCCAUGGUUAGAUGUUAUGAACGACAAAGUGUCCAUUCCGCUGCGUCACAUCCAAAGCGGAAUCACAUGGGUCGAAGCCAUGCUGCUCCAUACACUUGUGUCUCUCUCGGACGAAGUGCCGUUUUGGCGAGCUGUGGACGCGGUGGACGUUGUCACUGCCUUUGGCUUGUGCCAACGUAUCACAAUCAGCAAAACACCGUCAGGAAGCAACGAGCUUAUGACGGCGUCAGUCUCGAACAAGCAAAACAUCAUGCCGGGCUUGAAAAACGACUUGUCGUGCAACACUGAAGCAUUCGAACUGCCGGAGGCCCACUUCCAGGGCCCCCUCAAUAGCAUCGAUUUUCGCAUGGUGGACAUCCCCGGACCGCUCUCAGCGUAUUUCCGCUCGUUUCAAGCAUCAUUGCCGUCGCUCAUUCAAACCAACUCGUCGAGUCCCCGAUACAUCUGCAUGUCCCAUCUCGAUGGAGGCAGUCCGCUUUGUAUGCAAGACAGCUUUGCCACCUACCCCCAAAUGCCCUCGUGUGGCAGCAGCAGCAAGACUGCUCGAUGCAAGUCCCAAUGCGAGUACUUGCGACGAAACAGCACAUACGCUUUGCGAUGGCGACCACAUUGUCGCAUAUCGGCAUCGAACGUCGAUCAAUUAUGCUCCUUGUGUACGGCCACGGAAGCUGUGUGCGUGGAUAUGCUCGCAAGUGCGACGUUGUCUCAGGUGAAUCUAACUGGCUUGGAGAGGACCGUGGCGAUAAACGCGACGGCGUCGUUGAACAUCAGCUUGAUUCAAUCGGAGCCACCAACGCUCUCCUGA